CCUUGAGGCUUUUGAAGUCAGAGUCAAAGAGGAGUGAGGAGAUGCCAGGGAUGGCGUUCAAGUGAAAGAAGAAGAAAGGAAAUUAAGCAACAUUUAGCUUCUCUGCGCGACAGCCACAGUCAUGGCGAGCCUUCCUCAAGAACCUACCCAAGAUGCCACCAAAACCAGCUUCUGGAUGCCUGGUAAUUACGUCCCGACGGUACGCAGAACCCAACAGUCGUACGGGGCUUGCAACGACAUCGUAGCCUGCUUCGCGGAGAGAGCCAGGGUCGAAAAAGCGUACGCCCAGCAGCUCAGCCAAUGGAGCAACAGAUGGAAGGCCAUUGUGGAUACUCGGCCGCUCUACGGCUCCCUGAUGACGGCCUGGCAGAGCUUCUUCACCUCCACCGAGCGCCUGGCCGCCCUGCACUCGUCCAUCUCACAGUCUCUCGUGGCCGAGGAAGGGGUCCGAGUCAAGACCUGGCAGAGGGAGAGCUUCCCUAAAAAACUCUUCUGCGGCUUCCGGGAAAGCUACGACACCAACGCUAGUUUCUCACGAGCGCAGAAACCGUGGAACCAAAAGCUGAGUAAGCUGGAGAAGGCCCGGGCCGUGUACCACAAGUGCUGUCAGAAGGAACAGAACGCCAUGGACAAAGAGAAACAGGCCAACGAGCAGGAAAACUUGAGUCCGGAGAAAAAGCAGAAAGUGACGGAGGCCAGAGAGGUGGCCACGGAUGCUAAAGAAAAGGCUCGGGAGCGCUACGAGAAACACCUGGAAGACGUGACUAGCUACACGCCGCGCUACAUGGAGGAAAUGGAGGUGGUUUUUGAGCAAUCGCAGGAGGAGGAGAGGAAACGCAUUAGCUUCUUAAAGCAGGCCUUUCUAUCCAUCCACAGACACUUGGAUGUCACCAACAACGAAAGCGUAAAGGAAGUGUACAAUGAACUUCACCAAACUCUGAUGGCCAUCAACGAGCAGGAGGACCUCAAAUGGUGGAAGAACAAUCAUGGACCAGGCAUGCUCACCAAUUGGCCAAAGAUACAGGAGUGGGUUCCACCUGUGAAAAAGCUGAAACGGAAGAAAAGAGAACAGAAAGGCAAAGAAGGCCGCCCAGUGAUGAUCGGAGGCGUGAAGGUACGAGCUCUGUACGACUACACGGGGGAGGAGGGGGAUGAGCUUUCCUUCAAAGCAGGUGACACUGAAAAAUACAAAGAUGUACAAGUAGUGCUGGAUGAUAUGAGUGUAUAUCGCCGAAACACCUCCGUGAAGUUGGCCCCUCAUCAGAUGCAAAUUUAGGGCUGUCAAACGAUUAAAAUUUUUAAUAGAGUUAAUCACAGCUUAAAAAUUAAUUAAUCGUAAUUAAUCGCAAUUCAAACCAUCUCUAAAAUAUGCCAUACUUUUCUUUAAAUUAUUGUUGGAAUGGAAAGAUAAAACACAAGACGGACAUAAACAUUCAACAUAUUGUACAUAAGUACUGUAUCUGUUUAUUAUAACAAUAAAUCCACAAGAUGGCAUUAACAUUAUUAAUAUUCUUCAUGUUAAAGGGAUCCAUGGAUGGAAAGACUUGUAGUUCUUAAAAGAUAAAUUUGAGUACAAGUUAUAGUAAUUUUAUAUUAAAACCCCUCUUAAUGCUUUCGUUUUAAUAACAUUUGUAAAAUUUUCAAUCAAAAAUAUAAACCAAUAGCUCGCCAUUGUUGACGUCGCCUUAGCAGUGACGUCACAUCGGGCUCGCUGCCGUUCUUCCACAGUGUCUUUAACAACGUAAGGUAGGGAUUGAAAUACACCACAAGGUGUCAAUGGCGAGUUUUAAAUUAAUUAGGGAUCUAGCCAAGGCAAAGUCUGAGUAAGUUUUAUG